AUGACCUCCCCCAAACAGCGUCGAUGGUACCACAUGCGCUGGUUCUCCGAGGAGGAUAGUCGUGAAGAUCGGAAAUUGAUCCUUAAGCUCGAUGCCCUCAUUGUUCCCUAUGCCUUUCUGUCCUACUGGACGAAAUACAUUGACCAGGCGAACCUGAACAAUGCCUAUGUAUCGGGAAUGCAAGAAGACAUCGGUCUACGCGGUGAUGACCUGGUAAACCUGCAGACAAUAUACACCGUUGGUGCGGUGGUCGGCCAGCUUCCCUUUGCCUAUCUCUUCACCCGCGUGCCCAUCUCGUGGCUUAUCCCCAUCAUGGAUAUUUUAUGGGGGGUUUUCACUCUCCUGCAGUACCGGGCCGCCUCGUAUAGUGAGAUGAUGGCCUACAGGUUUCUGGUGGGAUGGUUCGAGGCGGCAUUCUUCCCCGGCAUGCAUUAUAUCUUUGGUGCAUGGUAUCGCGGAGACGAAAUCGCCCGUCGCGGUGGCUGCUUCUACGUGGGCCUCACCCUAGGUACGCUGACGGCCAGCCUCAUCCAAGCCGGGGCCUCGUCCCGUCUAGACGGAGUCGCUGGUCUAGCCGGCUGGCGCUGGAUGUUCAUCAUCUGCGCGGUGAUCACCAUACCCAUCGGCAUCCUGGGAUUCUUCGUCCUACCCGGCACCCCUGACAAGCCCAACCGUCUCAUCAUGCGCAAGGAGGACAUUCAACGCGGCCGCGAACGGCUCGAGCGCACGGGUCACCGCUUCACGAUCAGUGGCAUCUCAAUCCUGCACACGGUGAAAUCUCUCCUCCAGAAUCGCAGGUUUUACAUAUUCCUUGUCCUCGACAUUUUGUUCUGGAACGCAGGCCUCCAGACCUCCGCGGGCGGAUAUCUCCUCUGGCUGAAAUCCCUUAACCGCUUCAGCACCGCCACGCUAAACAACCUCUCCGCCAUUGCCCCAGCCCUAGGCAUCUUCUACACCCUUUUGGUAUGCUUCCUCUCCGACCUUUGCCUGGGUCCCGAAUGGGCCAUCGUGCUCGCCCACACGUGGAAUAGCCUGGGGCUGCUUAUCCUGACGAUCUGGGACGUCCCGGAGUCAGCAAAGUGGUUCGCCUUCUCGACAAUCUAUGCCUCAGUGGCCAUGUCGAGCGUACUGUACGGGUGGGUGAAUACCGAGCUGCGGUACUCGCCGCAGGAGCGGGCGGUGGUGCUGGUUGCGAUCAAUGCGGUGGCGCAGUCUACCACGGCUUGGACGCCAUUGCUGGUGUUUCCGACAGUCGAGGGGCCCCGGUUUACGAAGGGGUAUGCGUUUACAUUGGCAUGUGCGCUGAGCUUGAUUGUGUGUACCAUUGGGGUGUGGGCUGCUUGGCGAAGGAAGGGCGUGCAUGCAAGAGUCGAGGAUGAGGCCGAGGGUGAAGAAGAUGUUGUUGUUGUGACGGGGAAGUAG